CACCGUAUUCAACAAAACGACGUGGUUAGGUCGCGUUUAAUACCCCGCCUUUUGCCUAAACAUUCAAAUCACAGUGAAACAGAGUUUCUGAAUUGCAUUUUGCUUCGACGACGAUGUUGAACAAAACGACACCAAAUUCCUUCAAUCACGAUAAUCAACUUGAUAAUCAUUCCUCCCUCACGCUCCUUCACUCCGAUCUUUCCUCUACCUUCCAUCAGAUUGAUGAGCUUGUUGUGAAAGCGCUUGAAGUGAAGAAGGGUGUGAGCAAAGAGGGAAAGGGAGAAAUGGAAUCCUUCAACAAUUUGUUGUCUGAAAUGUUGUCUAGUUUGAAGCCAUGGAUACCCAAAUUACAAAAUUCACUUUCAUCAACGUCAGUGGGAUCUGAAAGUAAAAGUGAAGAAGUUUCUUGUGAUGAAAGCAAUGUGAGUGACUGUGAAAGUCCUGAAGUGACUGCAUUAGUAUCUCCUUCUCCUCUUGUUUCAUGGCAUGCUAAUUGCACAGUUCAAAGAGGUAGACAAAUGUUUAUGCUCACACCAGUACCAUUAUCAAAAUCAUACCGCCAACCACAACCCAAAUUAGAUUUCACUGAAUUGGCUUCUUCCAGUAAUACUUCAGUACUUUACGGUGUUGUAACGAAACCAACUCCAAUAAAGCCUGCCCUUUCUAUUGUGAGUGAAGAUGCAACAAAUAAUGAAGAGGUUGAGUUGAUUUCUUCGCCCGAAUUUUCUCAAAGAGACACUUCCAUGCUUUAUAUGAUGACUCCUUGUUUAAAAAUUUCACCUCCGAAGACUUGUGUUUUGCUUGAAUCCAUACCUGAGAUGCGUCAUGUUGGUAAUAAACAGUUGCGAAAGUCCACCCCGUAUCCUGUUGGAGUUCAUUACAGCGAUUCAGAAGAUUCUGCUUGGGAUCAUGUGUCACAGGAUUUGGCGUUGAAAUACCCAGAACUCAUGGCAGCACAGCGUGUUCCUAAGCUGGGAAUUGGAAAGAAAAAUGUGGAAGCAUCACCUGUUUGGCUUACCUCACCUCCAAAAACCUGUGUUAUGUUAGGAACAUCUGAUGAGAAAUUAUAUGAGUUGGAGAAGGGUGAUAAUGAUUCAUGUAUACAUAUUUCUGAAUCCAUUCUUAAUCAACAAGUCAGUAAAUUGAAUUUGAAAGAAGAAAUUUCCAAAGGUCAUAAUGAAGCCAAAAAAUCUUGUAAAGAUCAUUUUGUUGGCGACUUAUCACAUAUAGAGAGCACUCCCAUGUGGCUGAACCCUGAAAACACAUUACAAAGAGGGAAACAUGCGGGAGAAAAUACUCUGAAGAAGGAAUUAUGGGCUAAGUUUGAAGAAGCGUCCACUUGUGGAUUUGAGCCCAAGUUUCACACAGGUAGUAAGAUGUCUCGUAAAGGUUUUCUUGACCUACUGGAAGAAGCUUCCUGUGAUGAAUAAACUGAAAAUAUGAAAAGUCUCAAAAUCUAAGCAAGCAAAUAAUCUCUAAGUGGAAAGUUUUGACAUGUACAUGCUAUACUGGUUUUUGCUGUAAGAUUUGUAUCAAGAGGCUGGUGCAUUCUAUCCUAGUUCCACUUUGUGGACAAUAAUUCAUAUGAAUCACCGAGGAUAAGUGCUAAAAAUGUACAUUUUUUUGUCACCAGUUCCACUUUUUCUGUAUUA